UUGUAGUUAGAUUGUCCUUAUCCUAUGCAUCCAUGUGUUCAAGGGGAGAGAAAGAGAAGGACAGAAAAAGGGAGGAGAUGGAGAGAGAGGAGGGAAAUGUCCUUGUGCAAUUAUCCUGAUUUUUUAGGAAAACCCACAUGGCCAGAAGCUUCCAUAAGCUUUUGAGAACCAACACAGGCAGCUGUUUUCCUGUCUUUAUUUAUUUUGACUACCUGUAGCUUGAAGUGACGGUGUAAAAGUGCAUCAGAGAACGGAAGUAACACAAGCAGUCUUUAGAGGAAGCAUGUCACUCUCUUUGCGCUUUGUCUGUCUGCUCCUGACUGCUCUCUGGGGCAGCGUUUGCUUUGCCAAGCCUGCCCCAUUCAACGUUUCCAUGGAGGGCAGCGGGGACGAACCCGAACUCAUCUUCCCCAUUGCUCGUACCACCCACAUUCCCCCAUCCCCCUCGCCAUCUCCCAACAUAACGGCCACGUUCAUUCGCAUUAAAGACUUCAUCUUCAACCAGGUGGUGGACUUUCUGAAAGAGAACUUGCUCCUCAUCAUUGUCGUGACCUCUCUGUUGGUAGUUAUCAUUUUCAUCGUCUGCUGUGCUUCGGCGAUGAGCCAUAAACGCAAGCUCGAGGCCUACUAUCCUCCGAAGACCUACGCACCCAGGAAAUACAUGAGCCAGCCUAGUAAAGCUAUGGAGAAACCUCAUAACCAGAUCCAGGAUGGCAAGACAAGCGCUGCAAAGACCCUACGAGAACCUACUAAAGCAUUGGUGGGGGAGAAGGAAGGAAAAGACCCCCGGCCCAAGCCGAAAGAGGUCCAGAGGGUGGAGGAUGUUGAAGAGGUGGAGAUGCAGAAAGAUGAGCCCAAGAAGAAAGAGGAGCCUCAGCCAACCACCUCAAAUGCCACCUCCAGUCAGCCAGUGGUCUGUACGUGUCACCUCAGAAAGGCCAAUCACAGCACAGCGUGAGAGCUUUUUCUUUAAUGGGCAGGAAUUUCUUUGAUUUCAAACUUUUUUUUUUUUUCUUUUUUACUGUUUGGAAUCUUUUGGUAGAUGCCCUCUUUCUCAUUUUGCAACCUGUGUAUGUUUCCAACUGUGUACCAUCAGAGGAAGAGUGGAAGAAAAUGAUGUGUGUCUGUUCAAUUUUGUUUCUUUAAAAAUGAUUUUCCUCAAAAAAAAAACAAACAAAAAAACAAUAUUCAUAUGAAAAAUAAAAUGGUGUACACAACAAACUUGAAAUUAUUUUGUGAA